UUACUUCCAAUGUAGACGUUCCUUUAAGUUUUUCUGUGUGCCACGGCUAACGAUGAAAAAGAGGAAUAAUUCAUUGAAUGUGUUAAAUAUUAAUGUAUUUGCAGAAAAAAGAAUUAAUCUCAACGAUUAUUGUAAUAAUGUUCAACGAACUUGAAAUGAUCAAGGAAAAAGAGAUAAGUGGAAGAUCUCGGGAGAGAGAGGAAAAGAAAUGUGCCACCUCCUACAGAAAGAUGCAUUUAUAAGAUUUUAAUUAUUUUAUCUUAUCAGCGAUUAUCUGUGCGAAUCUCUAUUAACAAACGUACAUAAUACUUCGUAUUAACAUAAUUAAGAGGGAGAAAGAGAGAGAGAGAGAAAUUGGUAUAGAUUACAUAUCAAUGACAGAAUUUUGUGGCAAUACUGUCGAAGCUAGCAGUACAUCACAGAAAAUGACCACUAUGUGGCAUCAACAAGUAUUUGCGCUUGAUGCAAAAUAUAAUACAUUACGAGCUAAUAAGCUAUCCAGUUUAGGAAUGCUGUACAUUCGUCGUAGGAAUCAACUGUUACGUGAAAAACUGUUCAGAGAUCCGGAAAUCGGUGCACAGUAUUUGAAAUUACGAUCAGAAUUAUUACGCCGGCGUUACGGGGAUCGACAGGAGCAGAGCAGCAUAGGCAGUCACACAAUUAAUGAGGAGUUGUCAGAAAGGAAGAUGAAGCAUCACGCUGUACAACGUAGAUCAACUGCAGAUAAUUUUGCAUUCGCAGGUGUCCAUCAUGUGUUCGACCAACAUAAGGCAGCUGUAACCAUGCUCAAAUUUGCUAACAAUGACAGAUCCAAACUGUGCUGUGCAUCAUUGGAUGGUACACUGUCUGUAUGUGAAGUCAUCAAUACCCCUCCAAAAGUGAUUGUUCUCUUGGAAGGUCAUCGUAAUAGUGUGACUGCUUUUGACUGGAGUAUCAGCAACGAUCUCAUAGUUUCCUCUUCUUUGGAUGCUACAAUAAGGCUCUGGAGAGUGUGCAUGGACACAGAGCCGAAUUGCUUACGGGUAGUGAAUGACCAACAACGAGCUGAAGUUUUAUGUUGUAGCUUCAUUCCUGCUAACAACAACUUAAUAGUGGCUGGCAACUCCCAAGGGCUGCUCCAGGUCCUGAAUGUGUCCACGGGUAUAUACACGCGUGGUGGAUCUUGUAAAAUCGGCGGGAAGGUUCUUUCUCUAACAUGCGAAGGCAGCGGUGGUUCGGUCAUUUGGGCUGGCAACGACAGAGGUGUUAUAGUUUCUUUCCAAUUGGAAUCCGGCAUAGGACGGCUAACGAAACUACAAAGAGUACAGGAAACUGGUGGUAUGAUAACUAGCCUUUCUUGGCGCUCCUGGCUAUCGAAGGACGCUCCUUGGGCGGCGUUGUUAGUAAGCAGCGCUUGUAACGCGGUAUUGCUAUAUCGUGUUGCUGAUAGUCACGGUUCUUUAUGCUUUUGGAGAAAAUAUCCUAUUAAACAUAGAUAUUACCCAUUGCGGUCUACCUUCUGUCCGCAAAUGGGCGCAUGUUUAAUAGCUACUGGGUCGGAGGAUGGAGCCGUUCAUCUAUUAGAUUCCGCAAGAGAGGGAAAGUCCGCAAAGAUCAACAGACUGCUCGGUCAUGCGACGCCUACAUUAGCGUUGUCUUUUAAUUAUGACGAAUCUCUACUUGCAUCUGCAGAUCACGAUGGAUUGAUCAUUCUGUGGCGCAAUCAUCAGCGUCACUUGUAAAGCACUUGUUCGCAUGCGUAUGAUCUUUUAAUCGAGUUAGAAAAUAGUCUUCCUCCACAAAGAAAUUUUCCGACUAUUUUUAUAAACUAAUAAAACAAAAAAUUGAUAUUCAAAAUUUGAUUAUCAAAAUAUUAUGUAUGAUAUUAUUGUGCGUAAGAUGUAAAAUAAUAUUAAGAAAAAUGUUUUUAUUUCUGUAAUAUAUUCUUGAUUAAACGUAAUAUCUUUGUAAAUUUUAAAAUUAUCACUCGACCACGCAAGGUUCGAGUUUUGAUUAUUUAGUUUCAAAGUCUACGACCAUCCUCUAAUAAAAAGAUCUUAAAAAGUCAUCCUCUAAUAAAAAAUAAAGAUCAUGAUACUACUCAAUGUCAGUUCUUAUUUUCAAGUAAUACGACUUUACAAUAGAUCAGACGUUAAAUUUUUGAUAAUUGUGUGAUUGGAUAGAUAGAUGGGCUUUUAACGUUGAAUGCUUGUAUCUUAAUUAUUAAUGUAAAUAUCAUUGAUAAAUAUCAAAAUAAAAUUAAUUAGAUAAGAAAGAGUUAAUAUAAGUUAAUUAGUGUAACAACACCAAAGAAUGAGGGUAAAAACACAGUUUAAACGAAUAAACGGUUUCUUCUGUAUAACAAUA